AUGGAUAUCGCGGAGCCCAGACUCGGCAGGAAGCGCGAGAGUCGCACACGAGCUCCCACGGCGUGUCAGACUUGCCGCCUGCGGAAGACUCGGUGCGACAAUUCAAGACCCGUCUGCAGCUAUUGCUCCAUUCAAGGGGUCGAAUGCAUCUACCCCGAGACCUCGCCGCAUCCUACACAGGGUAGCUUUGACUCGGCCAGCAAUGAGAUUCUCUCGCGACUUGGACAUAUCACCUCGUUACUAGAGGAUAUCAAGAAAGAUGGUGGCUCCACCCUCUCUUCGGGCCGUUCCAUCAGGAGCUCUUUUUUUGAGGCCAAAAUGCAGAACGAGUCUAGUCCCCGAGAGGAUCUUCGCUCGGGCAGCAGCCAUCUACGCACGAGUACUUCAGGGGUCGAAGAUCGAUCCGACGAACAUGACCCCCUGAAGCUUUAUGCAGCUAACUCCCCGGAGCAUAUGAUCCGAUGGCCCGUCUACGACCAGGUUGUGACCGAAGCUGAGAAGCACAUCCGCUCGUUUCUGCUGGAUUCACUAGACAGUCAGCAAAGCUCUGUGAUACCACCGCCCCGACAACUUGGUGCCGGAUUGCUUCUCGAUGAUAUUCAAGGUCUAUGCCACAGAUACAUUCAGGUGAUACACCCCCGGAACCCUGUUGUGGACAGAGACAAGCUUGAACGCUAUGCUAAGGAGGUCACCUUACAUGGGUUGGGAUGGGACGGGCCGUCCUGUCAGGUGCUCCUCGCAUGCGCUCUCGGCUGCUGCUCUGCAACAAAUUUUGCUCCUCCAAGCGAAGUCCACCGUAACUUGGAUCUUAUGCCUAGACCGCCGCCGUCAGACAAUAAUCUCGAACUCGCAGAGACCUACUUCAAUGCAGCAAAGCAACGAUUCGGCUCGUUGCAUACUUCUCCCACCGACAUUUCCUGCUUUCUGCUCGCCGGAUCCUUCCAUCGACAUAUGAUGCGUCCCUUACAGGCAUGGUUCUGUUUUCAGCAGGCGUCUUGCAGGCUAGAAGUACGCCUCCGAUCCAUAUGCAGGAAGCAGUGGGCGGCUGAUACCGAUUACCACAAUCUCGAGUCGCGUCUCUAUUGGUCAUGUAUUCAGGCUGAACACGAAAUGCAGAGUGAGCUACCUCUGUGGAGUAGUGGCUUAGAGAAUCUGGGCUAUUCGGAUCCCUUCCCUUCCAAGACCAAUUCGACAUCCCCGGAAGACAAAAUGGAAGAGGAUCACAGCAGUCCUGUCAAGACACAGAAUGAUCUCAUACUCAGCGAUACAGAUGAAUCGAAGGGCUGGAUCCUCUACAUAGGCUCAAUUUGCAACCGCCGGACUGUGAACGACACACUGGUAGAUUUAUGGCGUGAUGGUGAAAGGCGAUGGCUCAGUGACGCUGCACGUGUCAUACGAAGAACUUCAGACGCUAUUCAAGUGAUUGAGGAAUGGUACAACAUGACUCGAGAACAACUAGUGUCAAGUGCAUCACAGGCUAAGGACUUUGAGCGUGUCCAAUGGUACCUCUGGGGUCGCCGUGCAAUAUCUCUGGAAAAGAUAUACCGUCCAGUCCUCUACCUCGCAUGUCACGUCCACCUCCUACCACCCGAAGCCCAAGAAAACGCAGCAAUCCUCCAGCAAAUCUUCAUGCACGCUCACAACGCCCUCACAAAUUGCGCUGAAAUCAUUCCUUACUGGUGGUAUCAGUUCCGCCAUGAGUGGAUCUGGAACGUUAUGAGGAGCAGCUUCGGUGCCGCCGUGCAGAUCAUCGCCGCCGUGCUCAGUAACUUUCAUGCCUGUAAGCCUGGCUGGAUCCUUGAGCCGCCGCAAAACUGGCCUGCGCUUAUGCGGAUGUCGAUUCGAACGUUAAAGGAGUGGGGCGCGGAAGCUCCUGACGUCGAGCUCAUGCGAAACAUUCUGGAGCGGAUGUACGAGGGUACAUCACGUCUAGUUGGGAGGAGGCCUGAUUCUUUUUCCACGUAA